UAAAUAAAAAACAUAAUUUUUUUUAACGACAGUAAAAUGAUAAGUGUUAAACAUAGAUGAGAUAUAGAAACACAUGAUGCAGAAUGCAUUGAGCGUUAAGUUUAUGCUAUAUUUCAUCUAAAAUUAGUAACAAAGAUAAGUAAGCAGAUAAACGGGUAAAUAAUAAUUAUUAUUAUUUUAUUCUCUUUCACAUUAAUUUUUAUUCCGUAUCUUUCUAUUCUUAAGUCUAUGACACGGUGACACGAUAUCGCACGCGCAGUAUUACUUAGGUGGUGAAGAAGAAAGGAUCGGAGGAGGUUAAUCAUUUUUCUUUUUCGUUCAAUUGCAAUAUAUACAUAAAUAGUGAGACAAGAUAACAGAUAAAAUCACAAUUGUGCCAUUAAAAUUCUAUUCACUGUGACAAUUGUUAAAAGGGACGAAAAGGGAACUCGUAAUUUAACAUUUGUUCAUCGUGAUUUGAAGUGCAUAGAGAAUAUGUUUAAAAUGCAUUAUAAAUAAUUAUCUACUUAACUAGUUUUAAUUGCAUCAACAAAUGCAAUUAUAAGUGACAUUAAUUGAGAAUCUCUCAGUUAUAACAUACAUGCCACGUAAACGAAGAAAAAAGUUAGAUACAUGAAAGUAUGAUAGAAAUAUAUAAGUUAAUGCGAUAAAGCGAUCAAUUUAUCGAGCUUCUGGUUUUAUAAUUAAAGUGUAUAAAUGAUGGCACCCACAAAAGACAAAUGGGUGAGGCGUUUUAUUAUUCCAGAAAUAACACGACAUAAAAAAGGAUUUACUAUUUACAAAGUCACAUCUGUGGUAUUUUUGAAAAGCUCUCAUGAAGAAGUUUCUAAAAUAUCUGUAUGGAAACGUUAUAAUGACUUUAAGAAACUUCACUCAGAAUUAAAUGCACUAUAUUCACAGUCUAAAAUCAAGGAAAGCUUUCCAUCAUUUCCAAGGCCAAAAUUUUUUGGUAGAUUUGAAACUGAAGUUAUUGAAGAAAGAAGACAAUGUGCAUUAAAGUUUUUAGAAUUUAUAGGAAGGCAUUCGUAUUUAUAUUCUAGUGAUAUUUUCAUAAAAUUCUUUGAAACUAGUCAUGGAGAUUAUUUAAAUGAUUGCUCUCAAUCCCUUAGUUCUGAUACAUCUGCAGAGGAAGAUCGUCAUACUUAUAUAAAUUCUCUGCCUAAUGAUGUUUCUCAGAAUAUUCUUCAAUCUAAAACUUCUUUGACAAAUUCAUCUAUUUGUAAAAAUGAAAUAAAGCAAUCUCAAGAAAUAUCUGAAUCUAGAGAACAAAGUUUACCACAAAAUAAUUUAAGUCAUGAAACUAAGAAAAUAUCCAUGACAAAAAGCACAUAUAACAAUUUGCUAAUAAAAGACAAUGAUCCAAAUAAAAUUAUCCCUAAAUUAGGGGAUAAUCAGUUAGUUUGUAAUAAAAAGAACAAUUGCUAUAAAGAUAAAAAUUGUAAUGUUAAGAACAAUUCUCCAAUUGUACAAACAUCAGACACUAACAUAAAUACUGAGACUACUAUUGAUGAUAUAAAUUCUUCAAUAAAUAAUCAUGAUGGUUCUUCAAUAAAUACUCAUGAUGGUUCUGACCUAUGUCAAUCAUGGACAGAUUCAUUACAAUAUAUUUUAGUUGCAGCUGCACAUAUGAAUGCAGCUUUUAAGCAUGAAGAUCUUACAGAGUAUGAAGAAGCAUUCACUCAAUAUAAAAUGGGAAUCUCUAGUCUUCGAUCUGGUGUAGAAACUGAUACAAACAAAAUAAGAGCAGAAAUAAUUAAAGAAAAAAUAACAAAAUAUUUAGAACGUGCUGAAAAGCUUUAUAACAGAUAUUUAAAUUGUAAUAUUUCAGUGUUGAAUAAACCUAUAUCAGAACUUCAAUAUUAUAAAGUAUUGAAAAUAAUAGAAUCAGUAAUGCUUGUAAAGGACAUUCGUCAAAAUAGCCUUAAUAUUGUAAAGGCCAUAGAAAAAUUAUCUUCAAAUAAAGAAAGUAUAAGUAAUUACAUAUUACGUGGUGAAGUACCAUACAUGGUCCGUUUACAUGCAUGUGUUGAAACAGAAACAAGCGUGUUCUUGAUUUUACAACAUUUGCGUCGUGGAAAAUUAUGGGAUUUUAUAACAUCACAUUAUAAUUCCAAUAAUAAAAAUUGUGAUAAAGAAAUUGUAAAAGAUGAUAUUGAAAAAACAAUCAUUGGUAGUGAUAAUAUUUUAGGGAAAAAUGAUGUAAAUGAAAUUGAAAGCAUUAAACUCAAAGAAAAUUUAAGACUUAUAAGUACAAAUACCAAAGUACAAAUGGACAUACAUUCGAUACAUUCUUCUACGGUAGAAGAAAAUUAUGAAAAAUAUACCAAUGUAUCUACUACACAAUUAUUAGAGAACGCACAAAUACUAUUACAAUCGGUUAAUGCCACUUUAGAAGAAAGUAAUUCUGUUGUAAAUCGAUUGUGUGAAUCGGACUGCUUAAAUCAUCAAAAUAAUACUUCGUUAUUCAAUUUUAAAAACAGUAUAUAUCAGACAAAAAGUUGUAAUGAAGUGUCAGCAGAUAUUAAUAAUAUAUCAUUAGAAAUUGACAGUAAAAAUAAAUCCAUUGCAAAUGAAAAAAUACCUGGAAAAAAUGUGAUAACUUCUAAUUAUUUGUCACAGAAUAACAUUACAAAUACGAAAAGUCAGUUUAACAGUGCUAAUUCAUCAUUAAGCAAUAGUUACAAAAAUCUUAAUUUUGAAAAAAAAGAAUCAACAACUUCUCCAACAGAUAGUCUAAAGGCAGAUAAUACAUUUUUUGCAAUAGAAAAUAAAAAUGAUAUUUCAAAAGAACAUGAAUUAGAUGAAUUAAUAGAAAUUCAUAAUCAACUGGAAACGAAUAAUUAUUGCAUAUCAAAUAAUCAGCAAUCACUUCCAAUAAAAUCAACAAAAAACAAUAAUGUAGACUCUGAACAAGUACUUUGGACAAUACCAGAAAAUGUUAUUCGUCUUUGGGCUGCUGAAAUACUUUUAGCGCUAGAAGCAUUACACCAGCAAGAAGUUAUUGUAUUUGAUUUAAAACCCGAUAAUUUAUUGCUCGAUGACAACGGGCACGUGCAAUUGACAUAUGUUGUACCUCGUCACGAUAUAGAUUUAUUAAAAUACAAGUAUCCAUACUCAUCGCCCGAAUUAUGCACGUUUUCACCUAUGAUUGUUCUGACACCAGCUACAGAUAUUUGGAGUUUUGGCAUUAUAUUAUAUGAAUUAAUAGUAGGAAAUAAAUUUCAAGCAAAGCAUUCAGGAAUAUUUCAGUCACAUUCCAUAGUUAACAUUCCUAGCAAGCUUUCAAAAAAUGCAAAAUCUUUGCUUAUUAAUAUUUUAAAAUACGAACCAAAUGAAAGGAUGACAAUAUCCGAGAUAAAACAACACCCAUUCUUCAAAGACGUUAAUUGGUCAAAUUUGGUAAAUGCACUCUAAAACUAUAAGAACUUGGUGCUUAUUGCAUUUUUAGAGAAUGUAUCGAUAUUUAAAAAAUUCCUAUAAAUAAUGGAUUCUUUCAAAAACAAAAAUUUGAUUCUUUUGAAUAAGAUAUAUUUGAACAGUAUUUUA